UCAGAGGUGGCACGAAUAGCGAGCUUCAGUUGCUGAACUUCACAAUAACCUGACUGGCUGGUACGUAUCUUUACUUGUCCUACCCUAUUUCUGGGAGCCUGUGGAUUUGAGUGGGUGUGUCGAUGAAGCCCAGUGGAAGGAGAAGGUGGUGUCUUGUAAGCACAAGGAAAAUAGCAACUUUAUGACGAGCUGAACGUGAAAGUGGUCACAUCGGUGCUGGAAUGGCGGUGUGGACCAGAGCUGAUAAAAACGGUCAACUGGACCUACUUCUCCGCGAGCGCUGGAUCCGUGUGUCCGCCGAACUCACCAUAGAAACGCUGACUUUAACGGCCGAGACGGAGGUAAGCGGACAGAGGACCAACCACUGGGAUCACAACGGUCCUCCGGAUGCCAUGGGAAAUGGCAUAUCGAAUGGAAACAAAUCGGGAACCAGGUCAGGGCACCUUGAUCCGAGUCCGUCUUCGGGCCACAAACAAUUUCGGAAAGGUUACAGCAGCAGCCCUGGUCGCGUGGAUGUUAUUCGGGGUCCAUGUGACGGCACAUACGGAUUAAGCAGUCCUGGGAAGUACUCGAAUAACGGCACAGACUCCGACUUUGGAAGUCCCGAUUCUAGCUAUGGGAGUCCCGGGUCAAGUUCCGGCUCGAAGCAAGGCGAAGUUCCAGUUUGUAGGGACGUAUGCACGGAGGCUGUGCGAAAGGUCCGAGUCGUGAAACAGGAGUCUGGCGGGCUGGGGAUCAGUAUCAAAGGAGGGCGCGAGAAUCGGAUGCCGAUCCUUAUCUCUAAGAUUUUCCCGGGGCUCGCUGCAGACCAAAGUCGCGCGCUUCGGGUGGGCGACGCUAUCCUGUCCGUGAACGGAAACGACCUCCGGGAGGCAACGCAUGAUCUGGCGGUGCAGGUCCUGAAGAAGGCAGGAAAACAAGUGACGCUUGAGGUAAAGUACAUUCGUGAGGUUUCACCACUAUUCAAGAAGCUUUCCUUGGUGGCUGACUUGACAUGGAAUGAGCUUUGGCCACAGUCUCAGAGCUACAAUGGCAGUGAGGAAGCUGGAUCUCCUGAACACAGCUCCUCCAAAGACAGGAAGGUCAUGAGUUUGAAGAUGUGCUUCAUCAGUCGGAACCUAACCAUGCCAGACUUGGAGAACAGACUGUUGGAGCUCCAUUCCCCAGAUGGACUGCACACAGUGGUACUUCGUUGUAAAGAUGCCCCCACUGCCAACUCCUGGUUCACUGCCAUCCACACCAACAUUGCUGCCCUGCUCCCACAGACACUGGCUCACAUAAAUGCUUACUUGGGAGCCUCUACCUCCAUCGCCACACAGCCUCACCUGAGACACAUAGGGUGGUUGGCUGAACAGGUUCAGCUUGAAGGUGGACGACAGCAGUAUAGACCGGUCGUCAUGGCACUUACAGAAAAGGACAUUCUGCUUUUUGAGUCUGUGCCAUGGGGGAGAGAAUCCUGGGCGAUGCCACUGCUCACACACCCACUGCUGGCAACAAGACUGGUGCAUUCUGGGAGUGUCCGUGGCUCUCCUGCACAGAGUUCUGACCUGGUGUUUGCUACUCGGACCGGCACAGGACAAGGAAUCAAAUCACACAUUUUUCGUGUGGAGACCCAUUGGGAUCUGUCUUCAUGGACAAGAGCCCUAGUACAAGGUGCACAUUCCGCUGCAGAACUCAUCAAAGAAGUCUCUAUUGGCUGCACAUUCAACAGACAAGAUGUCCGGCUGACACUGCACUAUGAAAAAGGCUUCACUGUUAUGAGCGAGCCAGCCGAACCACCCAGUGGUGCUUUGUUGUUCAGAUACCCUUAUGAAAAACUCAAAAUGUCUGGUGACGAUGGAAUACACAAUCUUUAUCUUGAUUUUGGGGGUCCUGAGGGAGAAAUGGUAUUUGACCUCCACUCGGGUCCAAAGCCAGUUGUGUUUGUCCUCCAUGCUUUCCUUUCAGCCAAACUCACUCGUAUGGGCUUGCUCACGUGAAGCAAAUCACAUCAACCUGAGUUACCUAUUCACCAAUGAGCCCAGGCACACCUUGAGCAAAAGAUGAUGAUGAUACCCUUCCAAAUCUUCACAGCUUUAUAGUUCCAUUGGACCUGACAUCACAGCCAUACAUCUCACUACCACUCACUCUACCCUCUCAUAAAAAUGUGCCUUCAUUUCCACUUUCUAUCCCACAGCAGCUUUGUCAAGUCUUAAAGUAGCACUUUACUUAAAACUCUCAGAAUUUUAUCAGUUAAAAAAGCUUUUAUCAUUCCAGUGAUCAUAUAGUGAUCAAUUUAGAUGAUAUGGGCCAUAUUAUCCCGUGUCCAUAGGAGCGAAAAGUCACACACUUCUGACUGCGCAGAUUCUCGCAUCGGUGAAUGACUUUCACGCACCUUCUAGCCAAGGCAAGGCAAGUUUAUUUGUAUAGCACUUUUCAGCAAUCAGGCAAUCCAAAGUGCUUCACACAAGACAUGAAGGCAUCAAAGAAAAAGAAAACAUUAAAAGCAUCAAGGUACAGUUAAAAAAAAAACAUUGAAAAUAGUUGAUUAAAAUUAAAAUCAGUAAAAAUAAAAUAAAACAGGAACGGAGUUACAGUGCAGUAUAAGUUAAAGUAAAAUCAGCAAUAGGCCGCCAAAGCAUAAUCAUAAGCACAGUCUUGAUUGAAUUCAUCAAUUCAUUAUCUUAACUGCUUAUUGUCAUGUGGGUCGCAGGCUUGCUGUCUGGGGGCAGUAGGUGGGGUACACCCUGAACUGGUUGCCAGGCAAUUGCAGGGCACACACAGACAACCAUACAAACACACACGCACGGACGCAAGCACACACAACACACACAAACAAAAACAAACACGCACACGCAGAAUCAGACCUUGGGAUGAUUCAAGUGUACAAUUAACCUACCAUUCAUAUUUUUGGGAUGUGGGAGGAAACUAGAAUACCCAGAGAAAACCCACGCAGGCACAUAGAAAACUUCAAACAGGGAGGAGAACCCAGAUUUGAACCCACGACCUCUGCAGUUGUCCACCGUGCCAUUCAUUAAAUAACUCGAGUAGAUAUGUUUAUUAGAUUUACCACAUAUAAACUAUGUAAAACAUCAUCUCCUUCAAAACUUUGCAAAACUGACUUAUCCACAAAAUAAAUUAUUUUCACAUUUAAAAAGUUGUUCAUAUUCACAGAUUUAGAUGACAUUCUCAGUUUUGAGGAAACAUACAAGGGCCAAGUCUGGACAGGAGAAUCUGCGUAGACAAAAAGUGUGUGAUUCUAGUCAGGUUUAUGUAUAAAUGACUUGCAUGCAAACGGCAAGGUGAAUGCUUAUGUGACCUUGAGGUCAGAAGUCAUUUUUUACUCAAUAAAUGUUAGGAUGAAGAAUUUUAGACAAUCAACAAAUGGUGGCCUAAUGAGUGACUCAAUAACAUAGUUGUAUUUGCCUAGCAUUACAGAGCAGCCUUCCAGUGCACUUUUAACUUGUUUAAUCAGAUUUUUGGUUAGUUUGUUUUUAUCAGUAAGUGACACGAUAAGACUUUUAGAGUCAGUAUGCAAUAAAACAUGCAGAAACUAUGCAAACAAAGCAGAUACCAGAUGUUGGUGUGUUUGUUUUACUCAUGCUUCUUUCUGGCAAACACACUUCACUGAAUUAGGUAAUUUCUUUAUUUAAUGAACAAUCAGGGCAAGGGGGGAUGGGGUGAUACUUUAAAAGUAGCACAAACAGUAUUACACUUUUUGUGGCAUCCAAAUUAGUUAUCAAGUCAAGUCAAGUCAAGUUUAUUUGUAUAGCCCUAAAUCACAAGCAGUCUCAAAGGGCUUCACAUAGACAGAAAUUGACAAUUAUUCUCAAAGCAUCCCCUGAUCUUAAGCUCCCAAAAGGGCAAGGAAAAACUUAAAAACCCCUAGCAGGGGGAAAAUGAGAAACCUUGAGAAGGGACCACAGAUGGAAGGAUCCCCCUUUCAGGAUCACCAGGUUGAAAUGGAUGCAGAGAGGGCACAAAUGAUACAACAUGAAAAUCAAUUAAAUAAAAAGUGGAUGUCCAUGUCACAGCAGAGGGCUGCCGAAAGGAGCCCUCAAUUGUCCUGGCAGUGCUCUUCGAGGAGGUUGAGCUGCAGUUCCCCUAUCCUGAAUUGGCCACGAGAAUCCAGAUAGCCGCUGUCAGCAUGGGUACCACCUAACCACCUCCCCGGCCGGGGAGGGGGGAGGGAGGGGGUGUAGAGGGAGAGAAAACAAACUCCAGCCGAAUCGGCCACUACAGGUUAGUUAAAGGCCAUGUCAUAGAAAUGUGUCUUUAAACGUGUCUUAAAUGUUUCUACUGAGGUAGCAGUCCUAAUAUCCAUUGGUAGGGCAUUCCAAAGCUCUGGAGCCCGAAUAGAAAAUGCUCUAGAGCCUGCAGACAUUUUCUUAGCCCUCGGUGUCGCUAAAAGGGUAGCGUUUUGCGAACGAAGGUUACGAGACGGAACAUAAGGAACAACUAGGUCGACGAGAUAUGAAGGCGCUAAGCCAUGCAGCGAUUUAUAGGUUAAUAGAAGAACCUUGAAGUCACAUCUUAAAUGGACCGGAAGCCAAUGUAAGUUGGCUAGUAUUGGGGUAAUGUGAUCAAAUUUUCUUGUCCGAGAGAGCAGCCUUGCAGCGGCAUUUUGUACUAACUGUAGACUUUUGAUGCGGGACUUAGGAAGACCCGAAAAUAGUACAUUACAGUAGUCCAGGCGCGACGUGACGAACGCAUGUAUAAUAGUUUCCGCAUCACCGGUCGAGAGGAUCGGACGAAUCUUUGCAAUAUUACGAAGGUGAAAAAACGCAAUUCUGGUUAUAUUCUUAAUGUGCUUUUGAAAGGAGAGAGUUUGGUCAAAUAUUACCCCGAGAUUAGUUACAGUAUCGCUUUGAGUGAUAGUACGGUUAUCUAUAGUUAUAGCGGUUUCCUUGAAUAAGUGUUGAUAACGAGCUGGACCAAUUAUCAACAUCUCAGUUUUAUCUGGGUUAAGACGAAGGAAGUUGAGAGACAUCCAUUGCUUGAUCUCCGCAAGGCACUUCUCAAGAUUACAACAAUCCCGCGGAUCUGUCAUCGAUAACGGCAUAUAUAAUUGGGUGUCAUCCGCAUAGCAUUGAAAACUAAUAUUAUAUUUACGUAUUAUGUCCCCAAGCGGAAUCAUAUAAAUAUUAAAAAGAAUUGGUUAUGUUAUUAGUUUGUUUCUUAGCUUGACUUGCUGACAUUGAAUUUGACAUGAGUUUUUUUAUUAUUAUUUAAUUAUUACCUCAUUUAUGUCGAUCCAUCCAUUUUCUAUUCCUCUUGAUUCCAAUAGGGUGACCUUACAUAUAUAUAUAUACAUACACACACACACACACACACACACACACACACACACACACACACACACACACACACACACACACACA